CGGGACGUCUUCGACAAUGCUACCAGAAUUGACUGUUUCAACAGAACCUGCUAACAUUACAGCUGAUACCAAUGAAACAUCUUCGACAUUGUUACCCGAGUUAAAUGUUUCAACAAAACCUGCUAACGUUACAGCUGAUACCAAUGAAACAUCUUCGACAAUAUUACCGGAAUUGAAUGUUUCAACGGAACCUGCUAAUGUUACUGUUGAUACUAAUGAAACAUCUUCGACAUUGUUACCCGAGUUGAAUAUUUCAACAGAACCUACUAAUGUUAUUACUGAUACUAAUGAAACAUCUUCGACAAUGUUACCGGAAUUGAAUGUUUCAACGGAACCCACUAACGUUACAGCUGAUACUAAUGAAACGUCUUCGACAUUGUUACCCGAGUUGAAUGUUUCAACAGAACCUUCAAACGUUACCGCUGAGACUAAUGAAACGUCUUCGACAUUGUUACCGGAAUUGAAUGUUUCAACGGAACCUGCUAACGUUACUGUUGAUAGUAAUGAAACGUCUUCGACAUUGUUACCAGAAUUGAAUGUUUCAACAGAACCUGCUAACGUUAGUUUUGAUACUAACGAGACGUCCUCGACAAUGCUACCAGAAUUGAAUGUUUCAACGGAAGCUACUAACAUUACAGCUGAUACUAAUGAAACGUUUUCGACAUUGUUACCAGAAUCGAAUGUUUCAACUGAACCUGCUAACAAUACAGCUGAUACCAAUGAAACGUCUUCGACAAUGUUACCUGAGUUGAAUGUUUCAACAGAACCUGCUAACGUUACUGUUGAUACUAAUGAAACGUCUUCGACAUUGUUACUAGAAUUAAAUGUUUUAACGGAACCCGCUAAUGUUACUGCUGAUAUUAAUGAAACAUCUUCGACAAUGUUACCCGAGUUGAAUGUUUCAACUGAACCUGCUAACGUUACCGCUGAUACGAAUGAAACGUCUUCGACAUUGUUACCAGAAUUGAAGGUUUUAACAGAACCUGCUAAUGUUACUGCUGAUACUAAUGAAACAUCUUCGACAUUGUUACCCGAGUUGAAUAUUUCAACAGAACCUACUAAUGUUACUGCUGGUACUAAUAAAACAUCUUCGACAUUGUUACCGAAACUGAAUGUUUCAACAGAACCUGCUAACGUUACUGUUGAUACUAAUGAAACGUCUUCGACAAUGUUACCAGAGUUAAAUGUUUCAACGGAACCCGCUAACGUUACCGCUGAUACUAACGAGACGUCUUCAACAAUGCUACCAGAAUUGAAUGUUUCAACGGAACCUGCUGAAAAUACAGCUGAUACUAAUGAAACGUCUUCGACAAUGUUACCAGAAUUAAAUGUUUCAACGGAACCCGCUAAAAAUACAGCUGAUACUAAUGAAACGUCUUCGACAUUGUUACCCGAGUUGAAUGUUUCAACAGAACCUUCAAACGUUACCGCUGAUACUAAUGAAACAUCUUCGACAUUGUUACCGGAAUUGAAUGUUUCAACAGAACCUGCUAACGUUACUGUUGAUACUAAUGAAACGUCUUCGACAAUGUUACCAGAAUUAAAUGUUUCAACGGAACCUGCUAAUGUUACCGCUGAUACUAACGAGACGUCUUCGACAAUGCUACCAGAAUUGAAUGUUUCAACGGAAGCUACUAUUAUUACAGCUGAUACUAAUGAAACGUCUUUGACAUUGUUACCAGAAUUGAAUGUUUCAACUGAACCUGCUAACGUUACUGCUGAUACUAAUGAAACAUCUUCAACAAUGUUACCGGAAUUGAAUGUUUCAACGGAACCUGCUAACGUUACUGUUGAUACUAAUGAAACAUCUUCGACAUUGUUACCCGAGUUGAAUAUUUCAACAGAACCUACUAACGUUACUGUUGAUACUGAUGAAACGCCUUCGACAUUGUUACCAGAAUUGAAUGUUUCAACGGAACCUGUUAACGUUACUGUUGAUACUAAUGAAACGUCUUCGACAUUGUUACCAGAAUUGAAUGUUUCAACUGAACCUGCUAACAUUACACCUGAUACCAAUGAAACGUCUUCGACAAUGUUACCGGAAUUGAAUGUUUCAACAGAACUUUCAAACGUUACCGCUGAUAUUAACGGGAC